CGCUGCCAGCUGCAGGCUGGAGGAGCUGCAUGGACGUGGUCCAGUUCUAACUGCUGAACGCCGUCGUUGAAGGAUCGCUGAGCUGAUCGCUUAGUUACUACUACAAAGGUUCGACAGAGAGAGCACAGAAAGAGCUGCCCAGGCCCCGUUUAACGAUGUCAUUUGCUGUAGGGAGAAGAUUUUUAGAAUAAAGGCGAUGUCUUCAAAGGAAACGGGCAGAAGCACUGGGCGCAUCUCCGUGAGGCGGCGUUGCGCGCGCAGUGCACGUUGCUAGCGCGCGGUGCCUGGCGCGCCUUUGCACGCGGCUCUGCGGGUUCUAUACGCCACUGAUUUGUCGCUGACAGCGGCCGUGGUGUCCCUGCGCGACUCCGGGCAGCGAUGGGAAUCCUCUUCACCAAAUUGUGGAGGCUGUUCAACCACCAGGAGCACAAAGUGAUUAUUGUCGGUUUGGAUAACGCCGGAAAGACCACCAUACUGUACCAGUUUUCCAUGAACGAAGUGGUCCACACGUCUCCGACGAUUGGCAGCAACGUGGAGGAGAUUGUGGUGAACAACACCCACUUCCUCAUGUGGGACAUCGGCGGCCAGGAAUCGCUGCGUUCCUCCUGGAACACAUACUAUACAAACACUGAGUUUGUCAUCGUGGUGGUGGACAGCACCGACAGAGAGAGGAUCUACGUGACAAGAGAAGAGCUCUGCAAAAUGCUCGCUCAUGAGGACCUGAAGAAGGCAGGGCUUCUGGUUUUCGCCAACAAGCAGGACGUGAAGGGCUGCAUGUCGGUGGCAGAGAUCUCCCAGAGUCUGCAGCUCACCUCCAUCAAGGAUCACCAGUGGCACAUCCAGGCAUGCUGUGCCCUCACUGGAGAAGGGCUGUGCCAGGGGCUGGAGUGGAUGAUGUCAAGACUUAGGGCCAGAUGACCCCGUUGACCCUACUAUUGACCCGAGUCCAUGGACAGUCGGCCGUGAAGGAUGACCCACGGACGCCGUCGCGCUUAUUUAUUGCUGUUUAAAUGGCUUCCGUUGAGGACUUGUCAGUGAUGCGCAAUUGUCCUCCACCUUGAAGAUGGGGGAAGUGAAGACUAGGAGGACCCAUCUCUCACUGACAAAACCAUCUCACAGUGACUGUGGUGCUGUCAGAGUUGCGUGGUUGGUGUUGGACUGUGCGUAGCCCCUCGGACCACCCGUGGCCACACUAGAACCCAUCAGCUAAGGCUGCUGAAGGGACAAGUGGCAGAAUAACAAUAAAAACCACUUCUGUCUGUUCAUGUAAAAUACUGCUGAAUAAAAUCUUUUUAU